UUUCUUUACCGUUGAUCUAUUUUUGUUACAGGUGUCCAAACACAGUGACGACUGACAACAUUGACCCAAGCCCACCACCAACUUGCAAGUUUCAAGUUAAACUCAAAGGCACAAUGCAUCUUGGAUUCGUUUUAGUUAACUCAUGUCCAAUGUCGGCACAUCAAAGACAGUCAUCCAAACUCUGUAAACAAGCCAACCAAUUCAACAAAUUAGAUAUCUUGACUUCCGUGCCUGUAUUUGAUUUACUAUCAAACAAAUCAUACGGGAAUGUCUUCUGUGCAUCCUGUAGCCAAAGAAAAACCUUGGCUAUGUGGAGAGUGGAAGCUGCUUGCAACCGUACUGUUCCUAAAGAAACUUCUCAAUCCGAAUUGCUCAAAUUCAUUGUUUCCAGCCAUUGUACAAUCAGUUCCUCUCCGCCGAGUUCUGUUUCGGUGAGCCGACAUCGUAUCUGUGUGCCCAGACACAAACACAAGCAAUACGCUUCUAUAGAUGACUCAUCCCAUACGCAAAAACUACGAGAGCUCUGUGAUUCAUAUGCCUUUCCAGUCUGUGCAAUUACUCCAGAUGGUAACUAUCUCUGGUUUAAGAACCCUCACUGCCUGCUCUUUCAUGGGAUAUUUGACAUGCAAGAUGCUCAUAUCACAUGUCCCUCUUCCGAUCGUCCACUUCCGCCUCUCACAAUACUCUUUGACUUCCGGUCAACAACCAACUACGUCAUCAGCAGACAGCUUAAAGAUCAAGACACUCCCGAAGAAGUGAUGGAAAAAGAGUUGGAAUGUAAAGAGGACCACGUGUUUGACGCAUUCACUGGCAAGUGCCGAAGGAUAUUUGAAAGCAAAAGCAAUUGUGAUCUCAUUAAACUGGAGAAGUCUGAAUACAGGAUCUUUCAAAAUGGUUCUCUAUUGUUCAGAGGAACUAUGCAUACAGAUCAAAGUUAUUCCAUAAUCAAUGGAACUGUUUCGGUGUGUGUUAAUUUAACCAAAAACUACACAGUGCUGGAAUCCAGGUUUGGCAAAAGCAGCAAAUUAUUGGAUCCAAUCACUGGUCUAUCCAUCUCUGGCUGCGCUUUGUCUUUGAUCUCCUUACUGUUGCUUAUCAUCUCAUACUUGGUUCUGCCUGAUCUGCGAAAUCUGCCUGGUAAAAUAGUACUAAACAUUGCCGUAUCGAUGUUUGCGUAUCUCUUGCUUUUCUUCUUCAUUAACCGUACCGAACGUCCAUUGGUUUGCCGUGCAAUUGCUAUAUCUCUCCACUUCUUUUUCCUGUCGAUGUUUUUCUGGAUGAACGUCAUGGCCUUUGAUAUCCACAGCACAUUCACGAGGAAAGGCAACGUUGACUUUAAGCGUCGCUCGCCUGGUUGCUGUGCAGGUCUUUACCUGAAAUACGCACUGUACGGGUGGCUGGGACCUUUGAUGAUUGUCGUUGUCUCGUCUGGUCUAGACAUCAGCCAAGUGUACAAUGUUUACAUUGGCUACGGUUCGCGAGGUGAUGAGUACUGCUACAUCAAUAAUCCGUAUGCAAAGCUCUACACAGUGGUCGUCCCUGUUGGCGUUAUUUUGCUUUACAACUGCGUCGCAUUGUGUCACACUGUGAUUCAUAUAAAAAACGUUCGAAAGCAAACAUCGACAGUUGCCAAUCAAAGCCAUCAGCCUGGCCUGCCUGUAGUCUGCAUCAAAAUGACGUCAGUGAUUGGUGUGUCGUGGAUCCUGGGAUACCUCGCCUCAUCUCAAUCCACCGCAUUUCUAUGGUACCCGUAUGUUGUUCUCAACAGCCUCCAAGGGUUCUUGAUUUUCAUCUCAUAUGUACUGAACAGGCGGGUUCUGAAGAUGUACAAAGCAAUUUUACUGGAAAUGCGAGGCAAACGCAACUCCGUGGCCAGCAAACGAAGCACAAACAUGAGCCCUGCUUGAUAGGAGGGUAUGCAAACAAUUGGGGAUACUUGUUUCGCGUAAGUUAAGACGAAUAAAGACGCAGCUAUGCUAUGCGGGUUUUGGAAUGAUCAUAUUUCAUUCUUGAAGUAAUGUACAAAGCCGAUAUCUAAGAUGGACGCAGAUAAAUACUCUUGGUACCUUAAUGUCUACAUAUGACUAAAGAUUGAACAUAUAUACCUGUAAACACUGAUCAGAAUUCUCGUGACAACAUCAACAGUCCCUUUCACAGUUCCCUGCGCCCCUGUGGGGGGGACUCCCACAUAUGGACUGUACAGGGAUGAUCCGCUGAACAGGGUAUGGUUUUUCGAGCUUCUUGUCAUAAACAGGGUAUGCAAUUUCACUCAAGUUCCAAGUUCUUCCUGAGUUUCCUGUCAUAUUCAGGGUUUCUACUUUCGU